GAAGGAUUUAUUUUGGUAUGCUAAUUGCUUAGAAUCCAUAGUUUAAAAUAUACAGUAAGACAUCGUUUUGCGUUUUUCCGAAGUUGCGUCGUUACUGAGCUAAGACUUAUUUUCGUUGAGUCGUACUUUUUUCGAAUUGCGUUGUUUUGCGAAUGCGAUGUUUUUUUUUUAUUUUUCAGAGAAUCAUUUUUAAAUUUUCUAAAUGGUUUCUGUUCAGUAAAUUUAAAUUCUGUUUGGAUUUCGGGGAAUCCCUACAUUAAGUUUUCAUUCAAUUGUUAUUUGAUUCUUGAUUAAAGUGGAAAGUGUAAAGUGCAGUGGAAGUUUGAUUAUAAAUUAAGAGCAUAAUAACCAUGAGUGGAAAAAUCCGUGUUGGUAGAAUUACAAAAAAGAAAAAACUGUGCGUUUGGAAAUAAAAUUGCACAUUUUACGACGCUUUGAUAAUGGAGAAAAGGCUGUAGACAAAACAAAAGCUCUUAAUCUGCUUGCAACAACUGUCAGAACAAUUCAAGCUCGGGAUAAAAUUAAAAAGGCUGCUAAGUCUGUUACAUCGUUAGACGCCAAGACGAUGACUCGUACAAGAAGUAGUUUUAUGAUUAAAAUGAAGUCCUUGCUUUCUAUUUGGAUUCAAAAUCAGAUUGCACAGAAAAUGCCAUUAAGUAAGGAUAAACAAAAAGCUUAUUUGAUUAUAUCAAAAUCCAAUCUAUGUAUAACGACGAUGCAAGUGCUACUGAUAAAGAACAUUUUGAAGCUGGUAAUGGCUGGUUUGAGAGAUACAAAAUUCGUGCCAAUCUACACAUUAUAUAGAUGACCAAUUUAUAUAGAUGACUUAUCUGAAAAUGUUAAAUUUGUGUUUUUACCACCGAACACCACAUCAUUAAUAUAGCUGAUGGAUCAGGCUGUAAUUUCGAAUUUUAAAAGCUAUUAUCUCCGCCGAUCAUUUAAGAUUCUUUUGAGCGAAACUGAUGGACCCGAUAAGCUUACAAUGCAGCAAUUCUGGAAAUCUUUUAAUAUUUUGAAGGCAAUCAACAUUAUUUUAAAAUCUUAGGAGGAAGUAAAACCAUUUUGCAUGAACGGUGUUUGGCCAAAAAAUAGCCAGAAUGUGUACACAAAAAAAAAGGUAAGUUUCUCUUUAGAAGUUGAUGAUGAUGAAGCGGAUAAUAUUUGUUAUGAAAUUGCUCACUUAGCAAGAAGGUCCAAUUUUGAAGGGAUGGAUGAAGUUGACAUAAAUGAAUUGCUAGUUCAUAACCAAGAAAUGUCUAAUGAGGAAUUGAUGCAAUUGGAUUUGGAAAUCGCUAACGAAGAAGACAGCUCGGUAGAUAUAAGUAAGCAUCAAGAUUUAACUUCACAGAAAAUUUCUAAAGCAAUGGAAAUUUUUUCAAAAUACGAUCCUGAUAGCGAAAGAAGUGCAGUUUCUCGUGCUGUAGGAAAUGGUAUUAAUUGUUACAAGGAACUUUACAUAAAAAACAAGCGGUUCAGCGAACUUUGGACAAAUUAAAAAAAAAAAAAGAAUUCAACGGCCACAAGCUCGUCUACAGUUUGAAUAAUUUUAUAAUU